AAGAGAAAAAUGUAAGAUUUUUUUAUUUAGAAAGCAUUGAUAAACUUUUGUUGCCAUCUCAGCUUCUUGAGUUCUAUGAGAUGGAUGUGGUUGUCCUCGGUGCAAGCAACUUCACGGAGGUAGUGAACAGUCAUGAGUUUGUUUUGGUUGAAUUUUAUGCUCUCUGGUGUGGCUACUGCCAGACAUUGGCUUUUGAAUACGCUCAGGCAGCCUCUUAUCUCAAUAUGACUCGCCUAAAUGUGGUUCUCGCAAAAGUUGACGCUAUCGAGAAUUCAGAUCUGAGCCAGCAGUUUCAAGUCCGGGGCUUCCCUACUAUGUUGUUCUUCGUUAAUGGAGUACAUGAGCCCUACACUGGCGGCCGCAAUGUUCACGACAUCAUGGCCUGGGUGAAGAAAUGUGGAUCUCCUCUACAAACUCUCAAGUCUACUGCUGAUGCCGAGAAGGCGUUGGAGGUUGAGACCCCAAUUGCCGUUGCUUAUGUAAAGAGCCUCGAGGAUAAGAAUGCCAAAGCAUUCGCUGCAGCAGCCAACAUGGAUACAGGAGUCACAUUUUACAUCACCGAAGACAAGGAAGUGGCCGCGAAGUUCAGCCUUGGGAAGACACCCUCGCUUGAGUUGUUGAAGAAGCAGGCUGAGAAGGUUGCCCUUUUUAAGGAUGACUUUGAGGAAAUGGCCUUGACUAGCUUCAUUGCGAAGAACAGGCUUCCUCUAGUCAUCACAUAUAGCCCUGAGACAGCAGCGUCGAUCUUCGCAUCCGACAUUAGCAAGCAGUUCCUCCUAUUUGCAAGCACUGAGGAGUAUGCAAAGAUCCGUGUGAUAUACUACGAAGCUGCGAAAACUUUCAAAGGACAGAUUAUCUUCUGUCACCUUGAUUUUGUCGAUCUAGAGGUCCCUGAAUUCUUUCUAUCAUGGAACGAUCUCAUUGUCGAGAGGCCAAAGCUCAUAGGGUUCGACGGUGGUUUGAAGUUCCCAUACGAUGGAGAUUUCAGUCUUGCGUCGGUCAAGGAGUUCGCAGGGAAGCUUUUGGAGAACAAACUUGACCCAUACUUCAAGUCUGAGGACAUUCCUGAGAAGAACGACGAACCUGUGAAGGUGGUUGUCGGCAAAUCGUUCGACAACAUUGUUCUGGACGAGUCCAAGGAUGUUCUUCUCCACGUCUAUGAUCCCUAUUCCGAGAGUUUGGAACCCGAGUAUAACAAAUUAGCAGAGCUGUUGAAGGAUGUGAAGUCGAUCGUGAUCGCCAAGAUGGACAGCAUUAAAAAUGAGCACGGUCGGGUCCCCAUGACGGACUACCCAAUUGUUUUUUUCUUCCCCGCGGGAAAGAAGACGGAGGUACCAAUAUGGGCAGGAGCAUACAGGACGGCAUCUAGAUUAGGCAAGUUCCUGAAGAAGAAUGCCGCAAUCCCCUUCGAGGCUGAUCUUCCCGAGUACGUUGAGCCGAAGAAUGAAGGUGAGGCUGAAGCGCCGGAGCAGGUCGAGGAACAUACUGACAAGGAGGAAAGUAAAGACGAGCUGUCAGCGUUCUGA